AUGGUAGAGAUUCCGAGAAGAUUUAACAUACUCGCUGCGGCUUUUGAUGUCGAGGCGGCGCGUGCACGUCCGCCGUGCGAUAGCAGCAGCGGGAGCGAUCACUUUCCUUAUGAGACAGCCGAUCUUUGGGAUCUGGUCGAAUCUUUUAUGGACAGCGAAGUGAAAGCUUUACCAGAGGAUUUUCCUGUGGAAGAUAAAGAUGAUAAGUCUGACGUUGAUGAUGAUUAUGAAGAUGUGAAGGAGAGGUUGCGGGAGAUUUGUGAAAAUCUCGGUCGCGGCGGAGAGCGGAGGAGAAUAAUUGAGGAGGUAGUAAAUGCGAGUGAGUUCGUCGGAGAGAAACGCCUCUUGAUGGCUUAUUUACGUGACAAAGGUUUCGAUGCAGUGGUUUAUCUUAUUAUCUAUAUUGAUUAA